GACGCCGGCGUGCGGCGGCGGAGACGCCCGGGCGCGGCGCGGAGGCGGAAGUGGGCGGGCGCGGCGCGGAGGCCGAAGUGGGCAGGCGCGGCGAUGGCGGCGACGGGCAUGGGGCAGCAGUGGGUGCUGGUGGAGAUGGUGCAGGCCUUCUACGAGGCUCCUGCUUACCAUCUCAUUUUGGAAGGAAUUCUAAUCCUAUGGAUAAUCAGACUUCUUUUCUCAAAGACGUAUAAGCUUCAAGAGCGAUCUGAUCUAACACCCAAGGAAAAAGAAGAGUUGAUUGAAGAAUGGCAGCCAGAACCUCUUGUAUCUCCUGUACCAAAAGAUCAUCCAGCUCUCAACUACAAUGUUGUUUCAGGUCCUCCCACCCAUAUAAUCACUGUUAAUGGCAAGGAAUGUAUAAACUUUGCAUCAUUUAACUUUCUUGGACUUUUGGAUAAUGAAAAAGUUAAGAGUGCGGCACAAGCAUCUCUAAAGAAAUAUGGUGUUGGUACUUGUGGACCCAGAGGAUUCUAUGGUACUUUUGAUGUGCACUUAGAAUUAGAAGAACGACUAGCAAAAUUCAUGAGGACAGAGGAAGCUAUUAUAUACUCCUACGGAUUUGCAACAAUUGCCAGUGCAAUUCCUGCAUAUUCAAAAAGAGGUGACAUUGUGUUUGUAGAUGAAGCUGCCUGCUUUGCUAUUCAGAAGGGUUUACAAGCAUCUCGUAGUAACAUCAAGUUAUUUAAGCAUAAUGAUAUGGCUGACCUUGAGCGACUGUUGAAGGAACAAGAGACUGAAGAUCAAAAGAAUCCUCGCAAGGCCCGUGUAACUCGAAGAUUUAUUGUAGUGGAAGGAUUGUAUAUGAACACAGGAGAUGUUUGCCCUCUUCCAGAAUUGAUAAAAUUGAAGUAUAAAUACAAAGUGAGAAUAUUUUUGGAGGAGAGCCUUUCCUUUGGAGUCCUUGGAGAACAUGGAAGAGGAAUUACUGAACACUUUGGAAUAAAUAUUGAUGAUAUAGAUCUUAUUAGUGCAAACAUGGAAAAUUCACUGGCUUCUAUUGGAGGAUUUUGCUGUGGAAGAUCUUUUAUUAUUGACCAUCAGCGAUUGUCUGGUCAAGGCUACUGCUUUUCUGCAUCUCUACCUCCUUUGUUAGCUGCUGCUGCUAUUGAGGCUCUGAAUAUUAUGGAAGAUAAUCCAGACAUUUUUCAGACUCUCCGGGCUAAAUGCGAACGAAUUCACAAAGCUUUACAGGGGAUUUCUGGCUUAAAAGUAGUGGGAGAAUCUUUUUCUCCAGCAUUGCACCUGCAGUUGGAAAAGAGCUGUGGAUCUCGAGAAGAUGAUGUGAAGUUACUCAGAAGAGUUGUGGAUUAUUGCAUGAAUAGUGGUAUUGCAUUAACUCAGGCCCGCUAUCUGGAGAAAGAAGAAAAAUGUCUUCCUCCGCCCAGUAUUCGAGUAGUGAUAACAGUGGAACAAACAGAACAAGAACUGGACAAAGCUGCAUCACUUCUUAAGGACGCUGCACAGUCUGUGUUGAAUUAGACUGCUGUUUUGGAUUUCUUUUUCCCAAAUUAUCAGGAUGAGCGUUUUACACUGUAUAGUGACUUCAGAUAUUCAGGUUCUUCCACUGAUGGCAUUGAAGCCUGACUGAGUAACACAAUUGUUCCAGAAUGGUACAAAUGCAAGUGAGGGGAAGAGUGCAGAAUUUUGGAACUGGUGAGUGACAGAGUUUACUUUCAGUUCAAACUCUGUCAUUUACUAGCAUUCCUUAAAAAGGGGAUAACUCUUUCCUAAGUUGCAUCUUUAAAAGUUCUGAAUCUAUUUCUUCAAAACCUGAAAUGUUUUUAAAAAUGUAUGUGAACAUUCAGCUUUCACCAAAAACAUCUAAAAUGUAUAUUUUUCUCUGCAUAUUCUCAGAAUGUAGGAACUUCAAAUAAAUUUCAAGGGAUUAUUCCUCCCCACCACCCCCAAAUGAAGAUAGGCUGUUCCUAAUAUGCUUAAAGGGAGAAAAUAACACAUUAAGAGAUAAUUUUUGCUGUAUUAUAUCAUUUAUUAUUGAAUUACAGGGGGAACUUCAGUUCUUUGUUUCUGUCUUUCUGUAACCAUUUUUGGAAGCUGGUUUUUACAAAUGCCUGGCCAGAGAAUUCCAUUAUCUAAAUGGUAAAUUUGUAUUAAAUACUAUUUGCUUCCUGCACUUAAUAUGUAAUUAUAUGCAUCUUUGAUAUUAUGGGUGAGGUUUUUCAUACAAUUAACUUUAAAACGGCUAAACUGAAACCUCUGAAUUGUGAAACUGGUGUAAUUCCAUUACAGUGUGUUCAGUCAGGGGGACUUUGCACCGAUCUUGAAUACAAGUCAUAAGCAGCAUGAAGAAUGAACCAAGAUUUUGAAACAUGAACUAAAUACUUAGCUUAGUCACAGUACUUUGAAGCACUGAAAUGGUGUGUGCUAAGUUUUAUCUCUGAAGAGCUAUACCUUAGAGGGGAGUACUCACAGAUAGCUAAUAAGAGUUUAGGUGGUACAAAUACUACUGAAAUACAACACAAUAGGUGCACAUAAACCCACAAUUUAAUUACAUAGCUAUAUGUGGAGGUUAUGCUGUUAGGAUUUUCAGUAAGAACAGGUGGACGUUACACAGAUGGACACAUUACACCAAUCGGAGGAAGCUGGUAAGGAAGAAUGACAGUAAGCUGUAUCUUUUUAUAAAAUAAAAACUGUAGCUAUGUAUUUCAGGUUUUUGCUUUGAGAAUGCCUGUUUAAAAACUUUGUAUUCUGCCUGAUCUGUAUUCUGGGUUGUUUUGUACUUAUGUACCUUUUUGGUUGCUGCUAUAAGGACUACAGGACUAUUUUAGAGAAACAUCAUUCUUUAAAUAAAAGGUUUAAUCAUGUUUGAUUCA